AUGGCACAGCCCGCCCAGUACCCAGGAGGCAAAGAACUUGUAACUUUCGGCGAAGUGACCGGUGACGCCCGAGCGGAGUACUUUGCCCGAUACACCAGUGCGUCCCUGGGGAAAGUCAAAAAUCUCUACAUGAAAUGGGCGCGCCUCGGUCAUGCCAUGAGCCCGCAAUGUCAACAACUCAAUCGGUUGUUUUCUCAAUGCGUCGAUGGAAACCACAUCCGGAUUCCUGACGACCUCAAGGAAUUCACGAAGUUGGAGGAUCCGUCUGAACCUAAACAUACCGUCGCUCCCUUCAUCUUGGAUGUUCUGCAUGAUGCUUGCACCCAGCUCAUUCUUCAGGCUGACAACACACGACCCAACGACUGCGAUGAAGUCGACGUGAUGGAGCUCUUCCUCGCACGAGACAAGAUGGCGAUGUCUGAGUUUGAAUUACUGCAUCUUCUACUGCGUUGGUGUAAGCAUAGCGGUGAAGACAUUCUCGAAUACCGUCACCAUCUCGAUUUCAGUGCUUUGAGCGAUGAGCAGCAAAUAUGGUUUCUUAGCUGCCUUCCACCGUCUGCAACUGCGCCGAGUUUGGUACGGAACGGGCUUCUCCAGUCAGAACUCGUCACGCCUGACGAGGUGAGCAAGUUUCGCCUAGAUCAGCCGCACCUGCACUGGAAGCCGGUCUUCAGAUCGUCCACCGACCGUAUGCAAAGAUUCUUGCCUACCGUCUCUCAGGCCUUGGAAAUUUUCCACAAGAAACUCAUCAUCUUGACGGUGGAUGAACGUCUGAGCGUUGCGAUAUACGUAUCAAAAAAGAUUGAAAGAGCAAGCGAAGUUCAAGUCGACACCGGCGUCGUAGUCUUCGCUUUCCCCCACUCACAAGGCCUACAUUCACCAAAUUACAAAAUGCUACCAACCAAGGUCAAUUACAGGUUGUUUUGCGAUGAGCAUAUGUUUCAAUUGUACGAACGUCAGCGAAGUAACACAUGGAUCUUUCUGAGGCGUCCUCAGGCUGACGAUUCGCUCUACCGAAAUGAGAAGAACAAAGGAGACAAACGCAGAGCACGCGAGACUACUGUGCGCGACGGAGUCAACUUUGACUGCAAAGCUAGCAUUGCUUUGGACAAAGUUGGUCGAGGACUUCAGCAGCAUAUCGGCAAGGUGCAGCAAAAUGGGGUAUUGGGUGCGGAAAUAUAUGUCAUCAGCAACAGAGACAUCAACUCAAUGCGGGUGCUUGACGAGUGGCUUACCUUCGUCGACACUGAUGAAGUCUUACCGCUAUUUGAGAAACCGAACAAGAACUACGAUGUUCCCAGAUUGGGUUCUAAAGACUGGACAGACUACCCCGAGACAGUAGUUGCCGUGGUUCGCGACAAAGACUUUGCUCACCUACAAAAACUGAAGUCUGUGUCAGACCUGUCGACCAUCCUUGGUUUGCUCAAUGACCAUGGUGAAAAGAAGAUGCUUUUGGACACGUUCUCGCAUGUUCUUGUUUUUGAAGCAAGCUCCGCCCUCUCGCUAGACCGGACGAUCGUAGCGUCGACUCUCCUCGACUUCCUACCGAAUGCGGUGUACCUGAUACCCGCAUUCUUCCAAUCUCAAACGUGGGAGACUCACAGUUCCUCGUUGGAAGAACACCUCACCCACCUGGCCUUUACGCUACUGAGGAACCUCGUCCUAUUGUCGGAGGAAAUGGGUACUUUCACCAGGCGUCCAACCCAAAUCCUGUUACAAGAAAUGAAGUGCAUCUCGUUGAAAGAAUUCGCCGAGAUCGUGGAGCUUAUUGCGCUUACGGUCCGCUCUUCCGAGACAGCUCUAGAUUUUCUUCUUGGGGUCUUAGAGCCUGAAACCCCGCGGCUUCUGGUUGGACGGCCGACUGCAAUUCGGCAAUUCACGUCAUCGUUGUUCGGCAUCGCGCUCGACCAUGUAGAUGAAGCAUCUAGCGCUCGUGAGCUAAAGUCGCAAGAGUUCCUCGAGCUGCGCUUGGACGGCUAUAGCGACGGCUAUGCAGUGGUCAAGGGCACACUUCGUAUCGACUCUUCCUUGAAUGGAUUGCUCAAAGCUGGAGAUCAUGUUCGGCUUACAGCAUCCGAUCCGCCGCAGAAUGAUGUUAUCGCAAGGCUCUUCUCGAUGGAUGCUGUUGUGUCAUCUGCUGAGCCAGGCAAGAUUGCAUUUCGGUGCCUUCAUCAUCCGCCGUCGUACCUUGACAAGUGCGCUUGGAGUGUCACGCAGUGUGGGUCUUUUGUUACAAGUAAGACAUCGUUCGACGCUGUAACUACUUUCUACACAGAGCGCGAAGCCUGCAGUGCCAUCUACGCAAUGCUUCUCGGUCUUCCUCCGUCAAACCAAGGUGAUUCAAUUGGUAUCGAGCUACCAGUGACCGUCGCCCCAUUAUUGAACGGAAGUCAGAAUGCAGCACUCGCAGCUUCGAUGAAACAUUCAUUAACGUUCAUCUGGGGCCCUCCGGGUACAGGAAAGACUCACACCAUUGUCGUCAUUAUUAUUCAGUUGCUGGAAAAACUGCCCAAAUUACGAUUCCUCAUUACUGCGCCAACACAUAAUGCAGUGGACAACAUGCUGAGGAGAUUCGUGGCCUACCCUGAAGCGAAGAAUGGCGGCAUUGUCCCUGUUCGGGUAUCGACGCAGGACUUACGUACAUACACGUGUGACGCCAUGGUCGGCAAAGACCUAAGCGCGAACUUCCCAGCUAGGCGUAAGGCGCAAAAGCGGAUCAAAGAGGCCCGUCUCGUGUUUACUACGUGCACUGGAGCUGCUUUAGGUUUGCUUCGUAACGAGGCUUUCGAUGUCGUUAUCAUUGACGAAGCCUCACAGCUUACUGAGCCCGCAACCCUGGUGCCUCUUGUCAAAGGGUGUUCGCGUGCGAUAUUAGUUGGAGAUCAUGUCCAGCUUCGCGCCACGGUUCAACAAACUGCCGUGGUAACCGGUUAUGACGUCUCACUCUUUGAGCGCCAUUACAAUUUAGCACCGAGAGAAGGUGUCGCAAAAGUUAUGCUUGAUACGCAGUAUCGCAUGCAUCGCUCCAUCUGUGAUUUCAGUUCCUCCGAGUUCUACGACGGCAAACUCCACACUGCUGUAGCUGACAACGCGCGUCCGCUGCCUCCUUCGCUCUUCCCCUGGCCCAAGACAAAUCGUAUGGUUUGGGUCGAAUGCGCUGCACCUGAAGACCUUUUCCAGCAAUCCAAGUCGAAUGCUGGCCAAGGCGACGUCUGCAAACGUAUCAUUCAGCUUCUGAAGGCAUCACCGGCAUCUAGUGGCUCGACUGCAACCCCAAAGGACUCCAUCGAAACCCCUACUAUCGCAAUAUUGACACCGUACACUCGUCAGAAGACUCUGCUUACAACAACAAUUCCGAAUGCUGAAGUCUACUCCAUCGAUAGCUUCCAGGGUCGUGAGGCUGACGUCAUUGUGUUUGUCACCGUUCGGUGCAACGCUCAUUACGCCUUGGGAUUUCUGGAUGACAUGCGACGGCUGAAUGUGGUCAUGACAAGGGCGAAAGCUGGUGUUGUGUUGGUUGGGCACAAAAACACGUUGACAGGUGUAGGGGCAGCGGAGACUGUAGACGAUAGCAAACUGGUUUGGAAGAGAUUACUAGAGCGGUGCGAGGUUGUGGAGUUGCCAGCUCAGGACGAGGACAGUGGUUCCACUCACUGA